UUGUUAUCAGUGACGUCUGUAUUUUUGCAAAUUGUGAGGGUUAAUCUCCGUUUUCUCCUUUCACAGGCUGUUUCGCGUUUAAAUGAUGUCCGACUCAAAUGAGAGUUUCUACAGACCCCCGAAUUUCAUCCUAAUUGGUAUCCCCGGCCUGGAAGACGUCCAGUUCUGGAUUUCCAUCCCUAUGUGUUUCAUGUACGUCCUCACGCUCCUGGGAAACAGCGCCAUGCUGGCUAUUAUCUUGUCCAAAGAAAGCUUCCACAAACCCAUGUACCUUUUCCUUUGUAUGAUGUCAAUUAUCGACUUUGCAGGUUCGUGCACCACCACACCCAAAAUCCUCAGCAUCUUUUGGUUCAAGUCAUUGGACAUUGAUUUUAAUGCCUGCCUGGUCCAGCUCUUCUUCAUUCAUUCCUUUACCGUGAUGGAGUCAAUGGUACUGUUGGCCAUGGCGUUCGACCGCUACGUUGCCAUAUGCCACCCGUUGAGAUACACAACCAUUCUAACCAAUCAGACUAUAAUCAGGAUUGGCAUUCUGGCUAUCACGAGAGCCUUCUUAAUCACAGCUCCUUGCCCACUUUUGAUCAACAGAUUGUCCUAUUGUAGGACCAACGUCAUAGCGCACACUUACUGCGAGCACAUGGCCGUGGUGAAGAUCGCCUGUACAGACACAACCGUUAAUCAGGUCUACGGCUUGACGGUAGCUCUCCUGGUGAUCGCGGUGGAUACAGCAUGUAUUUCGUUUUCGUAUGUCGUUAUAGUCAGGGCCGUCCUCAGACUCUCCUCUAAGGAAGCUCGUCGCAAAGCAUUCAGCACGUGUGGCUCUCACAUUAUCGUCAUCCUCAUCUCCUACAUCCUGGCGCUCUUCUCCUUCUUCACCCACCGCUUCGGACACAUCAUUCCACUCCACGUUCACAUUAUUUUUGCAAACCUUUAUAUUCUUAUUCCAUGCAUGUGCAAUCCAAUUGUUUACGGCGUAAAAACCAAGGAGAUAAGGGAGAGAAUCGUAUUGAUUUUCCACUGAAAAUCAUUUAUUGACCCAAAACACUUCUCAUCAUAUAUCUGAAGACACCUUUCAUCUCUCUAUAACUCCAGAGACAGCUUCUCGCUGAUCAGCAGAUGGUCCGGUGUUCUCCACAUCAUAAUUUGAAAAAUAUUGAUAAAAAUAUAUAUAUAAUUUUGGGUCCAUCUUCACAUAUUUGUGUUGGAUUUUGACUUUAUGAUUUGCUUUUUAUUGUAAUCACUACCGUUUGAAUUACCGCUGAAGAGUUAAUAUGUGUUAAGCCAUUGACUAAUUCCACCUUAAAUAAAUGCUGAU